AUGGUGUUGCACCUGGAGCUUGAGGUGGAAGACCUCGAGGUCGGCCGGGGAGUUGUCUCUUUCCCGGCGCGCGAAGACGGAAGGCACCAUAAGAUGAUACGGUUGGGCUUGGGCUCGGGUUUGGCGUGUUGUGCUCCUGGUUGUGGACCUGUGGUGGUCGCCGAGCUGCAGCUCUUCGCGGUUCCCAUCCACGCGCGAGCUAUCAUCAUCGUCCGCUGGGUCUAUGGUGGUGGCGCGAGGCAACAAGCGGCUGGAGGCGAUGGCGCUAGCGGCCGGCAGCACCAAGGUCUGGACAGAGACCUGAAAAGUCUUCGAGGGGUGGACGUUGUGUCCCAACCAACAGAGUCGCGCGCGAUCGCGAGGUACAUCCUGCGCAAGUAUAGGACGCCGGGGUCGCCGGACCUGCUGGGAGAGAACGGCGGCGCCAAGGGGGCGACAAUGGUGGACGUGUGGACGGAGGUGGAAGCGCAGCAGUACCACCCGGCCAUCUCGCCCGUGGUGUUCGAGUGCAUCAUCUUCCCCGUCAUGCGCGGCGCCGCCACGGACCAGAAGGUCGUCGACGAGAGCCUGGAGCGGCUGAGGGGGGUGCUGGGGACGUACGAGGAGCGGCUGUCCGAGAGCAGGUACCUGGCCGGGGACUCCUUCAGCUUCGCGGACCUCAACCACUUCCCCUUCACCUUCUACUUCAUGGCCACCCCGUACGCGGCCCUCUUCGACGAGUACCCCAGGGUGAAGGCCUGGUGGGAGGACCUCAUGGCCAGACCUUCGGUCAAGAGGGUCUGCGCCAAUAUGCCCACCAAGUUCUAG